AUGCCGGGGUGGGACCGCGAACCCGGUGGGACCGCGAACCGGAUGGGACCGCAAACCGGGUGGGACACACUCGUUCCGGCCCGGGGGGACUCGGGCCAGCAGCCGGCCGCCGUGCGUGCGCACUUGGCGCGGGGUGGGGGGCAAGGAGGGGCCCGCGCUCCUACCUGUAGGUGGCCAACGCCGGGCGCUGGGCCGCCGCUCCUGCCUUGCACGUUAGAGAGCCAGUACAUGCAGGCGAAAAGGAGAGACGGGAAGUAUUUUUUUCGCCCCGCCCAGAAAGGGUGGAGCACAACGUCAAAAGCAGCCAAUGGGAGCCCAGGAGGCGGGGCGCCUGUGGGAGUCGUGGAGGGAACUUUCCCAGGCCCCGAGGCGGAUCGGGUAUUGAGUCCAUGGAGCGAGCUGAGAGCUAGAGAACCUGCUAAGGCCAUCAAACCUAUCGAUCGGAAGUCAGUCCAUCAGAUUUGCUCUGGGCCGGUGGUACUGAGUCUAAGCACUGCAGUGAAGGAGUUAGUAGAAAACAGUUUGGAUGCUGGUGCCACCAAUAUUGAUCUAAAGCUUAAGGACUAUGGAGUGGAUCUCAUUGAAGUUUCAGACAAUGGAUGUGGGGUAGAAGAAGAAAACUUUGAAGGCUUAACUCUGAAACAUCACACAUGUAAGAUUCAAGAGUUUGCCGACCUAACUGAGGUUGAAACUUUCGGCUUUCAGGGGGAAGCUCUGAGCUCACUGUGUGCACUGAGCGAUGUCACCAUUUCUACCUGCCACGCAUCGGAGAAGGUUGGGACUCGACUGGUGUUUGAUCACGAUGGGAAAAUCAUCCAGAAAACCCCCUACCCCCACCCCAGAGGGACCACAGUCAGCGUGAAGCAGUUAUUUUCUACACUACCUGUGCGCCAUAAGGAAUUUCAAAGGAAUAUUAAGAAGACAGAGUCUUCUCACUCUGUCGCCCAGGCUGGAGUGCAGUGGUGUGAUCUUGGCUCACUGCAACCUCUACCUCCUGGGUUCAAGUGAUUCUCCUGCCUCAGUCUCCCAAGUAGCUGGGAUUAUAGGUAUGUGUCACCAUGACCAGCUAAUUUUUGUAUUUUUAGUAGAGAUAGGGUUUCACCAUGUUGGCCAGGCUGGUCUUGCACCCCUGACCUCAAGUGAUCUGCCUGCCUCAGCCUCCCAAAGUGCUGGGAUUACAGGCAUGAGCCACCACGCGUGGCCUUUUUUUUAAAGCUUUUUUGUAAGUCAGCUAGCAAGAACACAGGAAGAAAUACUCAAAUCUCCCUUACCCAGCUGGGGGCUAUGUCAGGUUUUAUAAGCAUAGGGUAAUGAGUUGUGAUUUGAUUGGAUCUUGCAAUAAAGUAAUGCUGGGAGGUGUGAUCUGACUGGAUCCUGCCAUGGGGUGACACCAAAACUCAAUCUGAUUGGAUCCUGGCUCCUGCCAUGGAGUGUCCAGUUCUUAAAUCAGUCUCAGCUCUUCAGGCCGAGCUUUUAGUUUCCACUCCGUGGUUGCAUGCUUGGUUAACCUGGGCAUGCACAGGGUACAUGCCCUUCAACCUGUGGGUCCAUGGCAAUUGAAAAACAACUGACAACCUCAUUACAUAAAAGUUGAACUGAGCCGGGUGCAGUGACUCACGCCUGUAAUCCCAGCACUUUGGGAGGCCAAGGCAGGUGGAGGUCAGGACUUCAAGACCAGCCUGGCCAAAAUGGUAAAACCCCGUCUCUACUAAAAAUAUAAAUAUUAGCCAGGUGUGGUGGUGCACCCUUAUAAUCCCAGCUAUCUGGAGGCUGAGGCAGCAGAAUCACUUGAACCUAGGAGGUGGAGGUUGCAGUGAGCUGAGUUCAUACCAUUGCACUCCAGCCUGGGUGACAAGAGUGAGACUCCGUCAAAAAAAAAAAAAAAAAGUUGAACCAGAUUUGGUCUGAUGCAGUUACAGAUCUACAAACCUCACCCCCACCCUCCUGCCAACACCUUCCACUCCUGAUUCUUGAGGGAUUAGGGAUGGAGGUCAUGCUUCUGCUUCGACUUCAUGCUGAGCAGGGCACUGAGUCCCCUAAAGUGAAAGGAAUGAAACUCUUGGGCUUCUGAGUUCAAAUGAGUUCUGGGGUCACCCGGAGUAGCUUGAAAGGCUGGUAUUGUUGUAAUACAAGCUGAAGGUGGAAGUGUUGGAUCCUGGAGGACAAACAGCUCACCAUCCAUUUAAAUAAAUAGGACCAAAAAGUAACAGAACAGUGGCCACGAGGGGCCCCAACAGAGGAAGAAACCAGGUGAGGUGCGGUAUAGUGGACUCGACUGCCUUCUAAAUCUCAGUUGUUGGCCGGGUGCAGUGGCUCACGCCUGUAAUUCCAGCAAAAGAAAAGCCGAGGCAGGGUGAUCACGAGGUCAGGAGUUCAAGACCAGCCUGGCAAACAUGGUGAAGCCCUGUCUCUACUAAAAAUACAAAAAUUAGCUAGGCAUGGUGGCAUGUGCUGUAGUCCCAGCUACUCGGGAGGCUGAGGCAGGAGAAUCGCUUGAACCCGGGAGGCGGAGGUUGCAGUGAGCCGAGAUUGUGCCACUGCACUCCAGCCUAGGUAACAGAGCAGGACUCCAUCUCAGUCAAUCAAUCAAUCAAUCAAUCUCAGCUGUUGAACUACCCUUGACAUGGUUCAGCUCUGUAUCCACACCCAAAUCUCAUGUCAAAUUGUAAUUCCCAGUGUUGUGGGAGGGACCUGGUGGGAGGUGAUUGGCUCAUGGGGGCCGACUUCCCCCUUGCUGUUCUCGUGAUAUUGAGUGAGCGCUUGUGGGAUCUGGUUGUUUAAAAGCGUGCAGCCCUCCCACUUCACUCUCUCUGUCUCUCCUGCUCCAACA